AUGGUCGUGGAUGCGAUACACAGCAGCCCGACUAGAGAUCCCGCAGCAAUUGCACGGAACAGAGCCUCGUUCCUCAAGAAGUGGACUACCAGACCAGCCCAAUUGACCAAAGAUGAAGAAGAGCUGCAUUCCAGUCUACCCAAGCACAGGAGGCUCAUCUUGAGAGGGAAAAGAAUCCUCGUCCUCAAGGAGAUGCUGGCAGAGUUGCAAUACCCUGACCUGUCUGUUGCUGACGACAUUCUCAAUGGCUUCGAUUUAGUUGGCACAGCUGGAGCAGAGGGAGUUCUCCCUGCGGAUUUCCAACCGGCUACAUUGACGGUGCAAGAUCUGGAAGAACAAGCCAACAAAAGCAACAAAGCCAUCAUGAACUCAUGCAAGUCAAGUGGUUCGCCUCUUGUUGAUGCGGAGCUGUGGCAGAAGACUCUUGAGGAGGAGGACAAGGGGUGGCUGCAAAGCCUUGAGCGUGUGCCCUUGGACGGCGGGAGAGUCUCGAGACGAUUUGCGGUCGUGCAAUCCGAGAAGGUGAGGCCUAUAGACAACUACAGUGAGUCCCAGAUCAACAGUGCUGUCACCAUCACCAACAAGUGCACAGUGGAUGGAGUUGACACCAAACCAGCCAAGACCUGUGAAUUCAUGAAGGCCCUCAGAUCCAGGUCCAAGUGCUCCACCCUGGUUGGGAGAAGCUUUGAUUUGAAGAGCGCAUAUAGACAGCUGGCAGUGUCAGACAGUGAUUUGAAAUGGGCGAGGCUGGCAGUGUAUUGCCCCGAGGAGAAAGCGACCAAGUGUUUCCAGCAAUACAGCCUGCCGUUCGGGGCGAAGAGCAGCGUGGUUGCCUUGCUUAGAUGUGCUCGCAUGUUGCAGUGGAUAUGCCUGAAACUAGACUUGGUGACUUCGUGCUACUUCGACGAUUUUAUCUGUCUAUCCACCCCAGCCUUGAGCAGAAGCAGUGAGCUGACGUUUGAAACUCUGCUUGACUUGUUGGGUUGGAAGUUCGACGAGACAGGAGAGAAGUCAUCGGCGAUGGGAGCUAGCAUCUCAGCUCUUGGAGUCAUUGUGGACCUUGAGAAGUCGUCUGAAGGCGUACUCACCAGCCACAGUGCUGCAUCCCUGAAAGGGAGAUUAGGCUUUGCCGAGGGACAGUUGUUCGGGAGAGCGACGAGGAGGCUCAUCAACGAACUUGGGCAGCAUGCGCUCCGCCCCCCGAAGAACAACAAGCUCUCAGAAUCAACGAAGCGAGCUUUAGAGAUGGUGGCGGAUCAAGUGCUCACUUCUGCCCCACGAAUAGCUGACUCAGACACAGGCGAGGUGUACUACAUCUUCACCGACGCAAGCUUCGAGAGUGAAACCAAGAGCGGAGGAAUUGGAGGUGUGCUGAUCAACGGCAACGCUACUGUUGAGCAGUGGUUCGGAGAUUUAGUCACCAAAGAUUUCUGCAAAUCGUUCAUGGCCGAGGAGCAGAAGCAAGCAAUCGGUGAGUUGGAGUCCUUUGCAGUGUUAGUUGCGCUGCACCUUUGGGGCAAAAUUUUGGCUCGCAAACACGUUGUGAUCUUCCUCGACAAUGAAGGAUGCAGGUACCUUAUCCUCAAGGGAUACGCCUCCAACAAGAACCUCCAAAGCAUUGUGCACAACAUAGCGAAGCAGGAGGACUUUCUGACCUUUGCAGAUCAUCUGAUUCGACAAGCGACCGACACCCUGAAGAACUGGGUGCAGUGGCGUUGGUAG